AUGAAGAGUGAUGAUGAAAUUAUAUGGGGAGAUGAUGAUUUGGAUCGUAAUCAAGAAGAUUUAAUUCAAAAUUUAAUAACUCAAAUGCAGAAUUAUGUCCCACCAGCCCACAAAUCAACUUAUACAGGAAAUUCUGCAAGAACUAAACGUAGACAUCAUGCUCAAGUGAAAAGGGAUGCUGAAAAAAAUGAAUCCAAAGAUGAUUAUGAUUUAAUUUAUAAUUCCCAACAAACAAUCAACUCUCUUAAAGCACAACUAAAAGAAAAAAAUUUAAAUGAAGGUUAUGAAUUAAGAUUAACUGCUAUAUUGCAAUAUAUGCGGCUUCUUGAAUUUCAAAAUUCUAACUAA